AACUGACAGUUGUCAAUCACACCACAACUAGCCUUGAAAGAAAAAAUAAGAAAGAAUAGUACUUAUCAGAAUAAUGACACUAAUUUUGAUUAUUGCAGUAUACUCGUUUGCCGACGGUGUAACAUUAUCUUCGUGAAUAUUUAUCAUUAGAUUCGUUAGUUUUUUUAUGUAGAUUUUAUCAAUUCUCUCGAACUAUGUAACCCAGGAUCUCUGAUUUGUAAAUUGUGUGUCAAUUUAUAACAAUUAGGAGAUUUUUGUUUUAUUUGUAACCUGACCACGGCAUGUUACAACUUACAAAAGAAAUGGGGUACCCCACAGGAAUAUUUCUCGCUGUACUUUUACAUUUCACUUCGGUAACUGCUCAUUACUGUGAAUGGAACACAUGUAAAGCAACAGAAACUUGCUGCGGCGACAACAUAUGCUGUGUUAGCACUGACUUUAUGUUCGAUGUAAUCGCUGGUGUCAGCGCUUCUCUGGCUCUGGUAUUUUUGUGCUAUAGCCUAUUCUUCAUCUGCCGCUAUUCCUGUCGAGUUGGAUGCCCACUGCUACUACUGAUGCUCAAUAAUUAUAAAAACUCAUCCAGCGACAUUGAGUCCCCAACGGCCAACUUGGCUGCAAAUGACAUGCAACAUGAUGCAUAUAGGUAUUCGGAUCCACCCCCACCGUAUUCAGAGGUGGUACAAGUUGGAAGAUGAAAAAAUUGGAAGAAUUUUAAAUCUGCAAAUCUCAUCGGGAUUCAGGACAUUUGUCGACCUGUCAUCGAGCUCAUAGAAUUGACAUGAUUUCUAACUCAACAUAUUGACUGGCUAGAUGAUGAAUUUCUAUAUAAAUAAUUAUUUGUUGGCAGUAAAUAAAUAUGUAGUUUUGAUAUACAGUUAUUGAUUCAA